UGUGAAAACCGUAAGCAGAAAGGUUAGAUUGUGGUAUAAGAAAUCCAAGGGUGAAGGGUGAAGAGAGACGGGUUGAAACGUGACAUGGGGAGUUAUUUUUAAGUUUCAUUAAAACAGGAGAGACUUGGAGUUCGUUGGACGUAGAAUUUUCUGUUGGGGAUCUUCCUUUUCAAGUUUCCUCAUCUGGGUUUUCUUUGGUGGUAGCUUAGGUGGCGUGGCGGUGGCUGUGGCUGUGGCUGUGGCUCUGUCAUCAUCUCGACGUUCUUUUAUAUUGCAAGAAAAGAAAAGAGAAGAAAGAAAGAAAGGGAAUUUCAGAAAUGGCGUACAGGAGAAGACAGGGAAUAACGAAAUCAUCAACGUUCAAAGAAGAGAUUUGUCAUCCACCAGGCAACAACGUCAAUGAUAAUAAGGCUUCAUUUCCGACCUUUAAAGCUUCUCAUUCGAUUUCACCAUCAACGUCACAAUCCUUAGCUGCUCAGGCGAUCCGGGCAUCAGCCAUUCAUCGUGAUUCAUCUCUUUCUUCUGCAUAUUCUGCAGACCCUCCUUUGUCAUCUGAAACUCAAGGAUCCAAGAGUUUUACUGCCUAUGAGGGUGCAUCAGCUAGAAACGACUCCAAAGGGUUUUGGGGUGUAAUAGCUCAGAAAGCCAAAGCAAUUCUUGAGGAGGAACAGUUAACACCCCGAUCUGAACCACCUGCAAGUUCUAGGUGGCAGAUGUCCGAAACCUCAGCAGGUGGCCAGUCCCAGCAACCAUUCCAAUCAUCCGAGGGCACUAGAAAUCUGGACAAUCCUAGACUGCGGAGGGGCUUGGACAGAAUUACAUCUUCCCUUAAUCAAAUUGGUGACACCUUUGAAAAGGCUUUUGAGGAAGGCCGGACAAUUGUGGAAAAUAAAACUGCAGAUAUUAUCCAAGAAACCCGUAAACUUCAUAUUAGGCGAAAAGAAAGCACUCCUGAGGACCAAGGUCCGGCUUCUGGUGCAAAUAGCACAUGGAAACCUGUAAUGCCACAAUCACAGAAUCCAACUUACCAUGAAACACAACUCAAGGCAUCUCGCGACGUUGCAAUGGCGACAGCUGCCAAAGCAAAACUUCUUCUUCGGGAGCUUAAAACUGUUAAAGCAGAUUUGGCUUUUGCAAAGCAAAGGUGUACUCAACUGGAAGAAGAGAAUAAACUACUUCGAGAGAGUCGUGAGAAGGGGCAAAACCCUGCAGAUGAUGAUUUGAUUCGCCUUCAGCUAGAGACUCUUUUGGCUGAGAAGGCUCGUUUGGCGAAUGAGAACUCAAUAUAUGCACGUGAGAACCGGUUUCUUCGGGAGAUUGUUGAAUACCACCAACUCACUAUGCAGGAUGUUGUUUAUUUGGAUGAGGGCAGUGAAGAAGUGACGGAAGUUUACCCCAUGUCCCCUUUGUCCAGGAUGCUCUCUGUUUCCCCACCCUUGCCUACAUCCCCUCCAUCACCAUCAAAGGCAUCCCCUUCUACAAGCCCGCCAAAUCCACCAAGUACAAAGAUACCUGAAGAAGUGACAAAGGAAAUCUUUCUGGUUUCAUCAGAAGGAAGUGAUGAAACGUCGCGAAAUGAUGCCCCACCAAACCUACUAAGUAUUACGGAGGUACCUGAAGAAAAUGAUGCAAAAAAGUCCUCCAAAUCUUCAGUUUGAUUUUAGUUUUACUAUUAACUUCAUUAAAAUAGAAGUUGGUAACAUUUGUUCCAUUUUUUUUGUUUCUUUUUAACUUGGUUUCCUUCCUGUUUUUAUCUGUGAGGAAGGAGGGAAGCUAGGGAGAUGAUCCCCCUUCUUAAUUUCUUAUUUUUUGGCAUGCAUUAUUUGAUAUUGUGUGUCGCAUGAAAUUUGUGAAUGCAAUUUUUGGGAUUUGUUAUUAAAUAAGUUGGAAACUUGGAAUUGCUCA